AUGCUAGAGAUUUUCAGCAUGAUUCGGGGCGCAGGGGGUCGGCUGCCAGACCUUGCCGGGGUGUCGAUACACAGCAGCCCAGUAGCGAUUCCUUUCGUGUGUUCGCGCCGCAUGCGGCCUCUCGGGAAUAUGAGCGUUUCUUUCUUGAACAAAUAUGGCGUUCGCUCGUUGGCCACCGCUAUCCCCGCGAUACGAAACCACCGGUCACAGCACAGCUCAGAUUGGAUUCGCCGUCACAUAACAGAUCCUUACGUCCAGCGCGCGCAAGAGUGUGAUUAUCGAAGCCGUUCAGCGUUUAAGCUGAAGCAGCUUGACGACGAAUAUCUUUUUUUGAGGAAAGACCGCGUUGUUCUUGACUUGGGAUGUUACCCAGGAGGGUGGUGUCAAGUAGCUGCAAAGCGCUGUCUAGUUGCAGGAUACGAAUCCCCUGAUCAGCCAAAUGGUGGGGCUUCAACUCCCUCUACUUCCCGCGUCAUUGGGGUUGAUGUUGCCCAGAUGGACCCUCUCCCGAAUGUGCAGUUCAUUCAAGGGAGGGUCGGAGACGCGAAGACUCUGCAUGCAGUGCUGCAGGCGCUGGGAGACCGAAAAGCAGAUGUUGUGUUGAGUGAUAUGGCGCCAGCAUGCACUGGCAUUAGACACGACGACCACUUCAAUUCUGUGGAGCUUUGCCUCUACGCCGCCGACCUAAUGGAGCAGGUUCUGUGCCUCGGGGGGACUUUUGUUGUCAAGAUUUUCAUGGGGAGUGAAACUGGGAACUACAAAACAUACCUCAAGAGUAGAUUCACUCGCGUAUCGUCCGCUAAACCGCGGGCUUGUCGCCAAGAGUCACGAGAAAUGUAUUUUGUCUGCAUGGGUUUUAAAGGGAGAGACAAGAUGUCCCAAGAGGUUCAAAUCAAAGGGUCCUUCUCUGCUCGAGAGGGAUACGCAUAA